GGUAACAGUAAACAAAAUGGCGUCGUGCACUCUGCUAUUUGUCAACAAUUUAGAUUUUGUCUUGUAAUAAUACAAAAAUGGAUGGGAAGAAAAGAGGGAAACGAGCAAAAGGUAGUGUAGCACCUGAUGAAAAUGGAUUUGCUAACAGUUCCUUUGAGCUUCAUUUGGAUUCAGAUCAUAAUGUGAAAAACAACAGUAAAAUGCUAAACACAUUUAGAAGUAAGGUAGACGAAACUAAUAAAAAAAAGAAUGCACUGGCUGCAAUUGUAGAAGCAAAGAAAGGAGCACACAAAUGGAGACAAUAUUGUGCUACAAAAAGAGCUAUCACAAAGACAAAACAGGUAUUGUUGAAGAAAAUUGAGAAAAGUGUAAGUACAGAGGAUGAUGGGAAUCAACCAGGAAAUAAAGGUCAAGGAUUAGAUGCAAUUGACCCCCAAGUCCUUCAUUCUUUGAAUGCUGGAUUUAAGAAGAAAAACAGCACCAUGAUUGCAUCACAGACAAAGGCACUGUUUGAUCAUUUUAAAGAACUUGGACGGUCCAAAAAUGCAGAUGCUGUAGUAGACCUAGAAUUUAUAUCAAGUUUGCUAAGGAAUGGUGCCAAUAUAAAUUGCUCAGACAGGCAUGGGCAGACAUUAUUACAUGAGGUUGCUCGAAUGUGGCAUGUAGAUAUAGCCAAAUUUUUACUUGAUGAAGGUGCCGAUAUAAACCAUCCUGAUCACCUUGGUAGGACACCAUUACAUGUAGCAGCAGCUGUUGACUAUCCUGAAAUGUGUGAAGUUUUGAUGGAAAGGGGAGCUGACAAAGAAGCAAAAACUAAAGGAGAAAUGCAGACAGCUGUCCAUUUUGCAGCCAAAAAUGAUGCAGCAAAAUCUUUAAAGACACUGAUCAAAAGAGGCUGCUUGUAUGAUGGUGAACAUGUAUUAGAUUACAGACAAAGAACACCUCUUUAUGUUGCUGCACAAUUGGAUAGAAGUGAGAGUGCUCAAAUUUUGCUGAAUAACAAAGCCUCAGCUACAACAAGAGAUGUCAGUGGACAAAUAUGUCUGUCUUGGAUGAUAGUUAAAAUGCCUCCUGUGGCACAAGAUGCUUUAAGCCAGUUUUGGACAUGUGACAGACCUAAUAGGAAGCAGUACUAUGAUUUACAUCAUAUGGUUCAUGAUAAAGAAGUUGACAAAGACCUUGUUGCUGUAACUCCUUUGAAUGCAGCUGUCAACUAUAAACAAUAUGAUUUAUUGAUGAACAAAACAUUUAUAAAACUGAUUAACACACAGUGGGUUAGAUUUGCAAGAUGGAGAGCAUGGCUGAAUUUAUUCCUCAAUUUUGUGUACAUCCUUUUAUGGUCAUUAAUUGGUAUCUUCAUUGAGUUUGAUGAAAGACAUGAAUAUAUUAUGCCGGAGCAGUGGUAUAGAGUUGUACUGUGGGUUGCUGCAAUAGGUUUUACAACAUGGCAAAUAAUAGAAGAAGUUUUAGAAUAUAAAAGAUCCCUUCGCAAAAACUAUUUAUGGGAAACAACACGCUCAAAUGAAAUUGAUGCAGACUUGAAGUACUGCCAUGAACGAUGGCCAGAAGAGAAAGCCUUUCUUAUAUCAGAAAAAGAUGAACUAAAGAACAGAGGACCAUCUUACUUUACAGAUUUUUGGAAUAUAUUUGAUUGGACCUGUUACUUGUUUCUAAUGGUGUGUAUUGCCACCCACAUAGCUGAUGUUGUGGACCACAAAACAGAUGUAGCAAGAGCACACAUCAGACUGAUGGCAGUCACUAUCAUAUUACUAUGGCUCAGGCUGAUGAAAAAUGUCAGAUGUUUUUCUUUACUUGGUCCAUUUAUAGUAAUGUUAACUCAUAUGUUAAAAGAUCUGGUACGAUUUACAUUCCUUUACUUGGAAUUCUUCAUUCCAUUUGUGUUUGCAUUCUACAUGAUAUUUGGUGGAAAUAAAGUAGCUUAUUCCGGAAAUGUUGUUGUUAAAGCCGAUAAUGUUACUGUGUCAGGAUAUGAAGAUUUCAAUAGCGCCCUCUUCAGUUUGUUCAGAUUAACUAUGGUUGAUGAUUAUGAUUUUGAUAAUAUGUUAAUAAUUGAUCCUUUGAUGGCCAGACUAUUGGUUGGUCUUUGGUUAGCUCUGUCAGCUGUUUUAUGUCUCAAUCUCUUCAUUGCCUUGUUAUCUGACACAUUUCAAAGAGUAUAUGAUAAUGCACAGGCAAAUGCUAUGAUGCAGAAAGCUCAGUCAAUCAUAAGUUUCUGGGAAGGCAUGUCUCACAGUAGUCGAGAUAAAUUUCUUCACUAUAUAAGUGCAAAUUGUUCACCGCUAAAACAAUAUUAUGAUGAUGAUAUGACAGACGCUGAUGGAGAAGAUCUGACAAAGGUCACAAUUCAGAUUAAGGAACAAUUAGAUGAUCUAGAAGAAAAAUGGAGUGAAAGCUUUAAGCCUUCCGGUCAAAAGACUCUCCCUAUACCAAAGGAUGAAGAUUCAGAAUCUAAUGGUCAGACUGUGUCUGUAGAGAAGUUUGAGAAUGAAGUAGAGGAUUUACAUAAAGGUAUCAGAGACCUAUCACUUAGACAGGAUGACAUGAUGGAUUCUAUUAAAGCUAUCAAGAGAUUACUUCUCAGAAUGACUGGACAAGAUGAAUCGGAGGAUGAUGAUGAUGAUGGAGAUGAAGGGGGAGAUGAUGAUACACCUCCAAAGAGGUCAAAAGGUAAAUCAAAGCCAAAAAAGAAAGAAGGCCAGAGAAGAAGUAGGACACCAUCUUCAGUAGUUGAUGGAAGUGCAUGGGAGGUAACACGUCCAUCAGGUGUCUCAACUCCACAAGUAUGGAGUACUGGACCAGUGGUAGAUGUAUCAACACCUAGAUUUACAUCAAGUGGACAGUUCCCAGGACAGGAUCCCACAACAGAAUGUUAAUACUCAAUGAUAAAUUCCAAUCUGCAAAAGAAAGAAACUAUCAUGCCAUAAAGACAUCAAAAUAUAUACAUGUAUUUCGUAGUACAGAAAUAAGCUUACUGGGCACAGCCUUCUGUAAUUUCCACAGACUUUGAAUUGUGGGUACUAUCACCCACAAGUUCUGUCGAGUCAGGAAAAAAGAUCAGUUGAUUACUUGUAGUAUAGAUUAUGAAUGCGGUACAUUAGUAUUUAUGUCUUUUAUAUAUUUUUUUUAUUGAAAAUGUUAUACAUAUUUUAGAAUUUCAUCCAAAUUGAUAUUGAUAUUUAGAUUUUUACCAACAGUACUUACUAGAAAUAUAUUUGUUAGCUAUUUUUAUAUUAACAUAGCUUUGAUCCGUCCAUUGCAGAAGCAAUGUAUUUAUUGAAAAUCAAACUUAAUGUUUGAAGAAACUUUUGUGAUAGAAGAAAUUUUAGAUAUAGUGCCAAUAUUGAUAAAUGUAUGUAAUUCACCAUAAUUCUUUGUAGAUAGUCAUCUGUUCUGGUAGAAGUUGGUGCUAUAUGAUUUAGUUUUCCAUUAAUUUACUUCAAUUUGACUCCAAUGAUUAUUGUAGAAAGUUAAUAUCUUUUUAUUUGGUCAUUAAAGGUGUAUAUCUUUAAUUUAAAAAGUCUACUUAAUAUAGUGCAAAACUUUUAACAAUAAGCUGUUACAAUCACAUUUUUUCUAUUUGUGCAGUUAACAUAUAAUGUUAGUCUGAACUGAAAUACAUUUUAUUGAAUAUCUUUACUUUUUACAACAACAAAAUGAAUUUUAAAUGUUUUUUUUUUUUUAUUUAUUCUCUUGACUUGCUGUCUCUUAUUUGUCUUACUUUUAAUAUCAAUUAUAUAUUGAACAAAUCUGUAAUGUAUAACAAUGUGAUAUUCUUUUUUACAUGAUGUCUUUCUAUAUUUUAAUGGUUGUUGUUUAUACUUUUAUUUUGUUCGUAAUUUAUUGAUACAUUUUGAUAGAAAUAUAUUUAUUUUAUGUUUGUACUUUUUCCUCGGUAUGAUUAUGAAUUUCUAAUUAAAAUGUAGUCUCAUUUAUAAACUACAUAGUGAUACUAAUUACAUUCCAAACAUUGCAGUCUUAAGGUAGAACCUGUCAUUGUCCUUUGAUUUUUAUUUUAUGAAUGAAAAAUAUUAAACUUUAGAUAUGAAAUUUAAAGUAUAUUACUUUGUUUAUCAAUACUAAAGGCAAAAACAUAUUUAAUGUUAAAGUAAUCUGACGUUCCCUUAAAUUUUGAGAAUUUCAGUGAGAUAAAUUUAGUUAUUAAUAUUAUUGAUGCAAAAGUUCCAAAUAUAUAACAAAAAUGGUGGUGUUAUUUAUGACAGAACUGUAGAUGGAUUUUUAAUAUUUAUAUUGAUUCCAAGUAAUCAGUGUUUUUUUUAUACAUACUUUUGAAAUUUUAUCCAAAUAAGGAAUCGCCUAUUAACUAUUAAAAGACGAUAGUGAUUUUGUACUAAAAAACAAACGUGAAAAAUAAGAUAAAAAUGUUGAUAUCUGACUUUUACUAGAAAUGGGAUCUCUUAAUGUUAAUAGGUAAAUUUAAUAUGUUUCAGAUAGCUGAUAAUAAUGAGAAAUUUGUGCAAAAGACAUAGUAAAGGAAAUAGGUGAAUUCUUUACAUAUGUAACACUAAUCAUACAAUUUGUAAGCUAUAACUAUAGCUUUUACACUGCUAGCUUUCAUGAUGGAGAAUUAAAAGUACCAAUGAAACAUCUUCCUAGCAAAACAAUUUUGAAUGGCAAAAUCAAAACAGUAUCAAUAAAAGAAAAUAUGGAGUAUGAUAUGCAAAGACACACAUAUAUCAAACAUUAAUUCACUACUGUAUCAUAUGUAAUAAGAUAUAAUUAAACAAUGAUACUUUUGUCUGCUGGUUUGGGCAAUUUGUUAGUUGAUUGUUUUUACCAGUAGUCUUGUAAUCUGAAGGAAAAUUUAAUUUUCAGCUCUGAUCUUUGAAUAUUUUUUUAAUAGAAUGUAAGCAAGUAUUUAUCUAUUUUUAUAUCCAAUAAUGAGUUUCUACAUUGAUUGACAUUCAUGAUUUUUGAACAUCUGCAUGUCUAAACAGAGUAUCUGCCAAAUGUUUACAAAAUAUAAUCAGAUUCUAUUUUCAAUACUUUGCUGUACAAUGCCUUGCCAUUCUGAAUCACUGAAACUCUUACUAUUAUUUACUUUUUAACUGCAAUAUGUGAUAGUAUGAUAAAAUAAAGCCUUCAUACACUUAA